AUGUCCCUCGCCUCCCCCGCCUCCUUCACAUUCGGUGCAUUCGGCGACAUUCUCGCCCUCACCCAGAUCGUCACCACUCUUAUUUCCAUCCUCAUCCGCUCCCUCUCUUCCUCGCAAUCCUACCUUUCCCUCGCACACGAAACCCAAUCUCUAGCCUCGACGCUCGACUGUAUACGCACCAAUCUCUAUUCGCAUGUGGAUUGUAGGUUAUGUCCGAAUACGAGACGGGCGGUGCAUGAGGCGGUGUUGAGAGCGACGUCGGUGGUGGAGGAGAUGAGGGGGAUGAUACUGGGGUAUGAGGGGUGUUUUUGCGGUGAUGGUGGGGAUAGAGGUGGGGAUGGGGGUGUGGGUGGGAAGGGGCGGAUUGGGACAUUGGGAAGGUGGGUUGGUAUGAUUUUGUGGUCUCUGAGGGAGAAGGAUAAGGUUGAAGGGAUGAAGAAUGAAGUUAUCGCGAGGAUCGUGGAGAUCAAUAUGUUGUUAUCAUUGAAGAGACAGAGCGAGGUGUCUGAGACGGAGAUGGGACUCAGAACGAACACAUUCCACGUUACUCGAAGACCUGUCGAUUCUCUUGAUCCGUCGCCGGCGUAUCACGCUGGGUCGGUGGCCUCUACUGAGUUCUGUGGCGAUACCGCCAAUGACGACGUCUCGUCCUCAUACCAUCACGCCUCAACCAUCAACGCCGUGCAAGACCGCUCAGAACCCUCAGACCUCCCAUCCUACACACAGGCCGUAGCCGACGGCGCUUCGCCUCCACGACCACUCCCAGAGCCUGUUGGGCCGCCUGCGUAUCUGACUUCGGACUCCGAGAGAUGGGAAAAGUAUACGUCGCCUUCGACUUCGACAUCUUCGUUCUCGCACACGACUCAUGAUCCUUCUACGACCAAUGGGCGUUUCGUUGAGGGGUAUGGAGUCCAGUAUGACAGUCAAGGAGACCAGCGGCCGUUGCCACAGCUCGUACUUGCGCCGCUAAGGAGAAACGAGACCGACGAUACGUUUUCCGACGAAUUCGUGCAGUCGCCAAACGAAUUCGCGAUCUCAUCAUCCUCUGUUACGCCGUCUCAAUCGCCCCACGAAAACACGUCUUCCUAUCGAAGUUCGUCGGCGACUCUCAUCGGCACAGCAACAUCCUUCUUCAGUUCGUUUUUAGCGACGGUGUCUGGAGAGGACUCUGAGCCUGUGGAUGAAGAAUCACAACUACCGAGACCCUCGGUCGAUCCUCAUCUCACAUGGGAGGACCUAUAUCCAUACCCUUCGUCUUCCCGAUAUCAUCAAUCCAUAUCUAACGCAGCCUCAUGCACCAAUCAACCCCCGCCGUUCUCUUUGUCAUCGUGGACCGAAACUGGACAAUCGGAGAGCGUGGGGAUGACGGCUGCUUCUGAUCAACCAUGGCCUGGAAUACGGUCUCAGAUGGCGUAUUGGGAACACAAUGACGAGUAUGAUGCUGUCGAGAUACCUCCUUCUGUUUACGUCUGGAUGGGGAAAGGAAAGGAAGAGGUGUGGUAG